AAGUGCUUACCCUUCGAUCAAUUGAGAAAAGUACACACAAAGAAGUGCUUAGCUCUGUGGCCGAGGAAUGAGCGUAAUAUGAAUCAGACAUAGUUUUUGGAACUUGUAACGAAGUCCAGAAGACGAUACUGAGGCUAUGGAAGAAGCAACAGAAAUACGAACUCUGGAUGGUAUAGAGAAACCAUUGUCGGACCUGGAAGCCACUAUCCAACAGUACUGUCCUAGAAGGUCCGCUGUCAAAAAUUCCUGUAGAUGGGAUGAUAAUUUUAUUGAGAAAUACCUGAGGGGUUACCUGACGAGGGUAAUCCUUCCUUGUCUUGAUUGCAGUUAAACUCUUGUAAAAACCAAUUUAAUGGCUUGGGAGAAAUAAUUUAGUGAAAAUGGUCUCAGGCUUACCAUUGGCAAUUGUUAUUGUGGUCCACGUAGACUGAAUAACACUGCACAUUUUUGACAUUACAGUUACAACCAUAAAAUGCCAUCGUCAGCUACUACUCAUUUUAAUCUGACAACAUUAUGUAGAGAGGGCCAGUUGAAGGAGGCGCUGCACAUUCUGCUUACUGCACACAACCCCCCUAUAGAUUCCUCUACAUAUAUUAAAAUAUUGCAGACCUGUAUUCUCAACAAUGCGCUUUCACAAGGUAAAGUCGUCCACUCUUUCGUCGCUCACAGACGAUUUGCACUUGCUACGCGCACAACUUCUCAUAAUAAACUUAUUUACAUGUAUGCGAAGUGCGGAAGUUUGGUUCAUGCUCGUAAAGUGUUUGACCAUAUGAAUGAACGAGACAACGUCUCAUGGAAUACGAUUAUUGCAGCCUACAGAAGACAUGGGUAUCCUCACGAGACAGUCACACUAUUUCACCAAAUGCAACAAACAGGUUUCCAACCAGAUCAGUUCACAUUUGCCAGCGUACUUCCAGCCUGUGCCGAGAUGGGAGCUUUGGAACAGGGCAUAGACAUCCAUCGAACCAUAAAGGAUAGAGGCAUUUCGUUAAAUGUUGUAGUUGCAACUGCCCUAGUAGACAUGUAUGCAAAAUGUGGAAGCAUAGGCAAGGCACGUGAACUGUUUGACCAAAUGCCUCAGAGAAAUGUCGUCUCAUGGAAUGUAAUGAUUGUAGGAUAUGCACAUAUAGGAUUUGUUGAAAAUGCUUUAGAAACUUUCAAGCAGAUGCAGUUGGCAGGUGUAAAGCCUGACUUAACAACUUUUGCUAGCAUCCUUCCUGCCUGUGCUAAAAUGGAAGCUUUAGAACAGGGUAUGGACAUCCAUCAAAGCAUAAAGGAUAGGGGAAUUUCGUCAAAUAUUGUAGUUGCAAGUUCUCUGGUAGACAUGUAUGCAAAAUGUGGAAGGAUAGACAAGGCACAUGAAGUAUUUGAUAAAAUGCCUCAAAGAGAUGUGGUCUCAUGGAACGCCAUGAUUGCAGGAUAUGCACAAAACGGAUUUGUUGAAAAGGCUUUAGAUACUUUCAAGCAAAUGCAAUUGGAAGGAUAUGCACAAAAUGAAUAUGUUGAAAAGGCUUUAGAAACUUUCAAGCAAAUGCAGUUGGUAGGUGUAAAGCCAAACUCCAGAACUUUUGCCAGCAGCCUCUCUGCCUGUGCCAAAAUGGGAGCUAUGGAACUGGGUAUUGAAAUCCAUCGAAGCAUAAUGGAAGGGGAAUUUUUGUCAGAUAUUAUAGUUGGAAAUGCUCUGGUAGAUAUGUAUGCAAAAUGUGGAAGGAUAGACAAGGUGCAUGGACUAUUUGACAAAAUGCAUAAAAGAGAUGUGAUCUCAUGGACUGGAAUGAUUGCCGGGUAUGCACAAAAUGGAUUUGUUGGAAAGGCUUUAAAAACUUUAAAACAAAUGCAAUUGGCAGGUGUUAAGCCAAAUUCCACAACCUUUGCCAGCAUCCUCCCUGCCUGUGCCAAAAUGGGAGCUUUGGAACUGGGUAUGAACAUCCAUCAAAGCAUACUGGAAGGGGGGCUUUUGACAGAUAUUAUAGUUGGAAAUGCUCUGGUAGACAUGUAUGCAAAAUGUGGAAGGAUAGACAAGGCAUAUGAAUUGUUUGACAGAAUGCCUCAAAGAGAUGUCUUCUCAUGGAAUGCAAUGAUUUUAGGAUAUGCACAGAAUGAACUUGUUGAAAAGGCUUUAAAAACUUUCAAACAAAUGCAAUUGGCAGGUGUAAAGCCAGACUCCACAACCUUUGCCAACAUUCUCUCUGCUUGUGCCAAAAUGGGAGCUUUGGAACUGGGUAUGGCCAUCCAUCAAAGCAUAAUGGAUAGAGGAAUUUUGUCAAAUGUUGUUGUUUCAACUGCCUUGAUGGAUAUGUAUGCAAAAUGUGGAAGCAUAGACAAGGCAUGUGAAUUGUUUGACAAAAUGCCUCAAAAAGAUGUAAUCUCAUGGAAUACAAUGAUUGCAGGAUAUACACAAAACGGAUUUGUUGAGAAGGCUUUAGAAACUUUCAAGCAAAUGCAAUUGGCGGGUAUAAAAGAAGACUCCACAACCUUUGCCAGCAUCCUCCCCGCCUGUGCCAAAAUGGGAGCUUUGGAGCAGGGUAUGGACAUCCAUCAAAGCAUAAAUGACAGAGGAAUUUCGUCAGAUGUUGUAGUUGCAACUGCCUUGGUGGACAUGUAUGCAAAAUGUGGAAGCAUAGGCAAGGCACGUGAACUCUUUGACAAAAUGUCUCAAAGAAAUGUGGUCUCAUGGAAUGCCAUGAUUGUAGGAUAUGCACAAAAUGGAUUUUGCAAGGAUGCUCUCAAAGUCUUUGAAUUAAUGAAACACUCUGGAACAUAUCCUGACAUUAUAAGCUUUGCUUGUAUUCUAUGCGCAUGCAGCCAUGCAGGUUUAGUGGAUGAGGGUUGUACAUACUUCAAUCACAUGAGUGACUUUUACUGCAUUACACCCACAGUUGAUCAUUAUGUGUACAUGGUUGACCUUCUUGCCCGUUCUGGCUAUCUUGAGGACACCCUAAAAUUUAUCAUUAAGAUGCCAGUUAAACCUGUAGUGGUUGUGUGGAUGUGUUUUCUCGGGGCUUGUAGAUUACAUAUGAAUAUAGGCUUAGGAGUAUAUACAGCAAUUCUGCUUUUUGAUUUGGAUCCUAAAAAUGCUGCAACCUAUGUGCUGCUCUCAAAUAUCUAUGCAGAAGCAGGCAGGUGGGGUGAGGUUCAAAUGUUAAGGAGAUUGAUGAAAGAUGAAGGAAUGAAAAAGAUCCCGGGAUGUAGUUGGAUUGAAUGCCAUAAAGUGGUACAUGCUUUUUGUGCAGGAGAUAGAUCGCAUCCACAGACACAGGAGAUCUAUGCGAAGUUGGAGAAACUGGCUUGGGAGAUGAAGGCAGCAGGUUAUUUUCCAGAUUCAAAACAUUUACUUAAUGAUGUGGAAGAGGAGGAAAAAGAAUUAUUUCUAUGCCACCAUAGUGAAAAGUUAGCAAUUGCAUUUGGUUUGUUAAAUAUGCCCUUUGGAACAACUAUUAGAGUUGUUAAGAACCUUCGAGUAUGUGCUGAUUGCCACACUGCAACAAAAUUUAUCUCCAAAAUUGUUGCAAGAGAAAUUGUUGUCAGAGAUGCGAACCGUUUUCAUCAUUUUAAACAGGGACAAUGUUCAUGUGGAGAUUAUUGGUGAUGCUAAAUGAGUUUUCAUCAUUUUGAACAGGGACAAUGUUCAUGUGGAGAUUAUUGGUGAUGCUAAAUGAAGCAAUCUGAAAAAUAGGUUUGCAAAAUAAAAAUGUGGAUCAUGUCAAACCUGCAGUAACUAUGAGGGAUAAAUUUUUAUUUUUCAUUUCUAUUAAAGUUUCUUUUUGUUGUU